GUGUGUUUCUCGAAUAUUCCCGUUUCUGAACUUGUUCCGAUGUUCAAAAUGCGCGCGUUCGGUUUGACAGUUUGAAAUUCCAAAUUUAAAUUCAGUGAUUGGUGUUUUGUGUUGUGUUUUUAAAUUUAGUUUUGGAAUGAAUUUGUAGUGUUCGAAAUUAGAACGUAUUCUUUUGGUUCGUGGACAACUGGGAGAAUACGAUGAGUGUCUCGGGAGGGAUGAAGGGAGGUAGGAGGAUACCCACCCCUAUGCCUCCCCCGAAGGAAAGUGUACACUAUCCUAAUAGAUGCAAUCUGCGACUUGUAGGGUCUGACGCGUCAUACAAGCUCAGCGCCCACGAAAUAGAAGCUUUAAAUGCUGUAAAAGCGACUGCUCCCAAAAUGGAUCGCAACGGCUACUUCUUCUACGUCACAUCAACAGCUAAGAAAAAGAAGAUAAGUCUGAUGCAACCGAAACCACCCCGGGUUGCCUUCGUUGACGAGAAGCGACCCGGGUACGUCGAAAGGGUCCAAAGUUACGGCAGUAUCGCCCCAACCUCGGCGGAGCACGAACGUGUCGAUAUGUCGAUCCGAGGGGCAUUUCCUGAGCCACGCGCGCGUUUAUACUCGCAGUUAGAAAGUUAUCAGCCGAGGUAUCAUACGAUACGUGAUAGUGAUAAGAGAGUGGAGAGUGAGUGUAGAAGGAGGAAACGAGAGCAGAGGAUUAACCCGGCAGUUUUGAGAACAUCAACGAAAUGCAGCGGAGGGUCACCCCACCGCGAGAGGCGACGCCGAGAAGAUGAUGCAUCAAGCGGCUUCAGCUCAGCGAUACACAAGGCACCGCCACUUCCACCACCAGCUUUACUGCGGAGAUUGGGUGUGAAGGAACCCACUGGAGUUGGGAAGGUGAAAGUGAUGCUACGAGUCGCAGCGCCGGGCGAAGGUCCAUUCACGAGUGGAAACCAGACAUUCUCGCUGGACAAGCGCAAGAAGCAAGUGAGCCUGUGCGAGAAUGCUCUGACCACAGCCACAGCUCCUGAGGAUAGGAAAGUUGGCGUCGCGGCGCCGAAAAUGUUCGCUUUCGACGCUAUAUUCUCACAAGAUGAUUCACAGACGGAGAUCUGCUCAAGUGCGCUAACUGACGUAAUACAUGCCGUCAUUAACGGCACAGAUGGUUGCCUCUUCUGCUUUGGACACGCAGGCCUUGGUAAAUCCUACACAAUGCUGGGGCGACCGGACUCUUCGGCAUCUUUAGGAGCCAUCCCGUGUGCCAUUACGUGGCUCUUCCGUGGCAUAGCUGAACAGAGACACAAAUGUGGCACCCGCUUCUCAGUGAGGGUCUCCGCUGUUGAGCUCUGCACCAACACCAACCAGAUCAGAGACCUACUAGCACCGUAUCAGAAUGAUACUGAGCAGUCACCAGGAGUAUAUCUUCGGGAUGACCCACUUUUUGGUACGCAUCUCCAAAAUCAAUCGGAACUUCGCGUGCACAGUGCUGAAAAAGCAGCCUUCUACUUAGAUGCGGCCUUAUCUACCAGAGGAGCAAGAGAAGAGGGAAAAGACAGUCAUUUACUAUACACAUUACAUGUGUAUCAAUACAGCGUUGGUGGUAAAGGAGCAGUUGCUGGAGGGCGAAGUCGUCUACACCUAAUUGAUCUUGGAAACUCAGAAAGAGGAAAAACUAAUGGAGGAAUACCAUUAUCAGGAUUAGGAAACAUUUUACUUGCUAUAUUCAAUGGACAAAGACACUUGCCAUAUAGAGAUCACAAUCUUACUCAUGUUUUAAAAGAAUGUUUAGGUUCCCUUACUUGUCACACUGCUAUGAUAGUGCACGUAUCUCCAAAUGUUCAAAAUUACUCUGAUACUUUAACAACUCUACAAUUAGCCUCGAGAAUACAUCGGUUACGACGACGAAAAGUUAAAUAUUCUUCAAACAAUAACGCUGGUUCUGGAGGUAGUUCCGGUGAAGAUGCCUCGAAGCCAAGCAGCAGUGAACCUGACCCAUCAAGUAGUGAUUUAUCAGCAGAUACCGUUAUAUAUGUUGGUCCAAUGGAUGAUGCAACUGAUGGAGAACAUCCACCAGUGUACAUACCACAUAUAAAUUCUGGAGACAAUAGAUGUGUUUUGAGUAAAGCGUUGAGAGGAUCAGUAGCAGAACAGAAGCACAAAUCAUCUUUGUCUAAAGUAAUUGAGGAAAAAAGUCCUGUUAAUAAAUUACAUUCAUCUCCUAAAUCAUCGCCUUUAAAAACUCCCAUACAACCGACAGGUCAAAGUCCAAAAAGUUCUCCUGUUCAUUCUGCGACAUCGAAAUCAACACCUUUAAAGAAAACUUGUCCGAAACAAUUUCAAGAAGACACAAAAAGUAAUAGCGAUGAACAAUGGAUCGAUGGACCACGUAUAUCGAAGUCAAAGUUGGUCGAAGCUAGGCACAUUAUAAAGGAAACACAGUGUAAAAAACGUGAAACCUGGAUUGAUGGGCCAAUGCAAGAAAGUAAAUUACCUCUUCAAUUUGAAUCUUCACCUGUCCAAUCGAAUUCUAUACCCCUUCAAAUAGGUGUACUAGGGGCACAUGGUAGCGAAACUGUGGGAUAUGGAUACAUGGAUAAUCAUAAAAAGAAUAUGAUAAGAAAGUGGGUAGAGAAUCAAACUUCCCAAAUACAUAAAUCCAGACAUAAUUCGCCAAGUCACAAGUCACAGUCUAGCCAUAAAGAUCCUGGAGUCCGAACGCAUGAUGAUACCGAUACACCUCACAGGAUGGAACUUUUGGUAAGAGAUGCCAGACGUAUCCAUGUCGAAGAAUCUACUAUAAGAACUGGUUUAAAAACUGGCUGCAAAGGUAUGACCAUUGAAGAAGAAAAUGUAGGACCGCCUGAUAUACAUCAUUCUAAAAAAGGUAGCAGUUCAAAACAAACAUCUAAAAAUGAAAUCGACGAAGACGAUGAUAGCGAAGAAUUAGCUGAAAUUCCUCCUGCACUUCCCCUUAUACAACCUAGUAGUUUAAGUAGUAGAGAAGUAUCAAUGGAAAGUUUAGAUAGUAAGUAUAAGGAACGAAUGAGAAUGGAUGACGAAAUGGUUUCUAAUCGGAGUAGAGACAUCGAUUCACGUGGUAUAAGUAAGGGUCAUGUUGAUGAUGAUGAUGAAAUUUUAGAAAUUAUUGAAGUUGAAGAACCGUUAGAACCAGUACCAAUGCAAGAUUGUUGUCUACAAGUAACUGAAGAAGAUAUAGCUUUUUGCAUGGGUUUUUCUGAAAAUCCUCUUCCUGAAGUAGAUCAAGAAGAUUCUGAAGAUCAUCCACUUAGAAUUCUUAGUCAAGAAAACUUAACUGUAGCAUCUACAUUCACUGAUACGUUAUCAUUAUAUAGUGAAGUCGAACGUCAGAUUCGAAAAGAAGCUAUUCUUAGACAAACAUUCGGAUAUUACCCAGAAAAUUAUACAUGUGGUCAUCCUCUGGUAGAUUUAAAUCCUCAUGAAUCAUCUAAAUCAAGGAUUGACGAACUCUUGGGGUUAACCGAAUUAUAUGGUUCUCGGCAUAUACUGGAUGAUGACCUAUCUAUUUCAAGAAUUAAUCCUCACUUUCAAUCCUUAUCGCUUUCGAAUGUUCGAGAUACAGAGGAAUAUCAUGGCGAUGGCUCUGUAUAUAGCGAGCCCGCAUACAGACCUAGUGAUAAAAUAUGUGAUAGUUGUAAAAGAACUAUGUCUAGGCCAGGUAGUGCAGUAGGCGAUUGUGCAUAUCAAGACUUAGAGGCAACCAAUAAUGAAUCCUAUGGUCCUUUUGAGAGAUAUCGAGGAAACGACAUAACAGAUGCUCGUAUAGCUUCACUGAGACAUCCAGAUGGGGCAUCAGAUCCUAACCUACGUGAAGAAAAAAGGGUACCCGGUAAUGGUGCGCCCUCUACAGAUACAUUUAGAGAAUUAAAAUCAAACUUACAUCUUGAAGUAUCACCCCCAGUAGUUACUUCUGAACCUCGUAUGGAUAAGAACGAAAAAGGAGAUAAAAGCGUUGCGAGGGUGGUUGCUAGUUCGAAACCAGAUGGCUAUGAUAGCGGUCAUGAAUCAACGCCGAGGACAGGAAAACAUAGUCCUGCGGCAACAUCAAGACGGGCAGAAUCUGGAUAUGACUCAGUUCCAAGAGAUUCCGAUGCAUCGUCUUUGGAUUCUUAUCCUACAAGACGUGCUGCGGUGGCCCGAGCCCACGCCAAGAAACACACAACAGCAAAAUACAAGCAACACAGCGAUCGCUCCUUCUGUUCUUGGCUUCGAAAUCCUUUCACUUGUAAAUACGCUGACACAGACCCUGAAAUUAGUGACUUUUAAUGUGAUAAAUUUGUAAAAUAUAAUAAUCACGUAAUAUAAAACCUUAAUAUCAUAAGCUACGUUACCGAAUUUAAUCUGGAGACUGCUUUUGUACUCUAGAUGUACUCGUAUUAUAAGCUUGGCACUAAUCCGAUGAGGUUACCACUGUAUUUUUCUAAACCUGAAGCUUCUGUGCUCUAAAAAGUCUAAGAUAAACUUAGCAAAAGUUAGAUAAUUGUAACACUAUUGUAAAUACAAAUGUAUGAUGCAACGAAUGCCAUACCGUUAGAGUUAAUACUUGUACUUCCGCUCAUUUUGUACUUUUAUACUAUCAUCAUCGACUGCCUUUACUUUCGUAAGAGGACGUUAAAUUUCACUGUCGAUAUGCUUUUGUGCAAACUCCAAAAGCAAUUAAGAGUCUUCCUCGGUCUUCCCCGUCUACAAUUUCGUCAUAUCCUGGAAUAUAUACUAUAUUUUCUUAUGCCCAUAAUUGAAUCACCUCAGUCCUAUUUGGAUUACUACAUGACUCCAUUUUAAGAUUAUCAAAAUUAAUAAAUUUAUUUUAAUUUUUAACAAAAUCUACAUAAUUUCUAAUAUUGUUUAUAAGUAUAUUAUUUAAGUAUGAAAUUUCGUAGAAAACACGAUCACCAGAAUGAAAGUCAAGAGUUGCCGUUACUGAAAGUAAAAUAUUAUUAAAUAUUCAUGGUGAUAUAUUAAUAUCUGUUUCAACGACUAUAGAUCUAAGACUGUUGUCUGAUUUGCCAUGUCAUAGCUUUAAUGUUUAAUAUUGUGACUUUGGAUCGGUAUGCCCAACUGUAUGUUUGUAUUUGACUAAUUAAUACUUGAUUGCAAUCAUUAUGGCUUUAUCAAAUGUUAAUGAAGACGUUAUCGCUUUAUAUUGUCAAUGUUUUGUUAUUGUAAGAUUAAUAUUAUAAAUAUAUAUCCUAAAUUCUACUA